CAGGACGGGACCUGGAGGAGGGAGAGAGGGAGGAAGGGGCGCCAGCGGCGGGCGGGAUCCGGCGAAGUGCGUGAAGCCUCGCUGGCGCUGCGUCCUGGACUCAGACGCUGGCUGGCGCGGACUUUCUCACGACCAGCGGACCUCUCCUCUGCCAACUGUACUUCAGAAAACUUCAACUUUUCUCAGUGGACUCGUUUAUCAAAUGAAAUAUGCCUGUACUAUUUUAAAAAGCCUUGUACUUCAUCAUGGAAAGAUUUAUUCCCCCUCAAAAUGAAAAUGAGGACAUAUGAGAAGGUGAUUUAAGGCGUAGACAUUCAAGAAAGUAUCACAUCAAAUUAGUGACCUGAAGGAUAAGUACUGAAUUAAAUUAAUCCUAAACACUUAUUUUUUAAACCAGGAGGAGUUCAUCUUGACAGAAAAACAACUUUUAUUCAAUAUGUAUUUUCUGAAAUUAAAAGAGAGAGACAGGAGUAGACUUAAAAUAGAUGAAGAUGUUUAGUAAAUAAGCAAUGUCAACUCUUUUUGCUGAGAAUAAUUCAGUAUGUUUUAAUCCUUUCCAAAUCCCUGGUUGUGGUCCUGAAGACAAAACGCCUUUUUGAUGGGACUGAUAUUAAGGGAAGUGGGACCUUUUGUGUAUUCAACUCACAGUUGUAGAGCUUGCCAUCAUUGGCAUGAGUGGCUUAAAAGAGGAAAUAGAGAAACUUCCAACUAAAUCCAAAAGUACAGUCAUUUUUUUACCACUGUGAUUUUGAAAGCCUCUUCAUAACCAUUGAAAAAGAAUUAACAACUAUUUUAAAAGAUUAAAGAAAGGCAGAUGUCUGCAAAUAAUUCCCCUCCAUCAUCCCAGAAGUCUGUAUUACCUGCCACUCUUCCUACUGUGCUUCCAACUCCUUCUCCGUGUUCAAGUCCUAAGACAGGACUCUCUGCCCGACUCUCUAAUGGAAGCUUCAGUGCACCAUCACUCACCAACUCCAGAGGCUCAGUGCAUACAAUUUCAUUUCUACUGCAAAUUGGCCUUACACGGGAGAAUGUUACCAUUGAAGCCCAGGAACUAUCUUUGUCUGCUGUCAAGGAUCUUGUGUGCUCCAUUGUUUAUCAAAAGUUUCCAGAAUGUGGAUUCUUUGGCAUGUAUGACAAAAUUCUACUUUUUCGCCAUGACAUGAACUCAGAAAAUAUUUUGCAGCUGAUUACCUCAGCAGAUGAAAUACAUGAAGGAGACCUAGUAGAAGUUGUUCUUUCAGCUUUGGCCACAGUAGAAGACUUCCAGAUUCGUCCACAUACUCUCUUUGUGCAUUCUUACAAAGCUCCUACUUUUUGUGAUUAUUGUGGUGAGAUGCUCUGGGGAUUGGUACGUCAAGGACUGAAAUGUGAAGGCUGUGGAUUAAAUUAUCAUAAACGAUGUGCCUUCAAGAUUCCAAAUAACUGUAGUGGAGUAAGAAAGAGACGUCUAUCAAAUGUAUCUUUGCCAGGACCUGGCCUGUCAAUUCCAAGACCCCUGCAGACUGAAUGUGUAGCCCUUCCCACUGAAGAGUCACAUGUUCACCAAGAACCAAGUAAGAGAAUUCCUUCCUGGAGUGGCCGCCCAAUCUGGAUGGAGAAGAUGGUAAUGUGCAGAGUAAAAGUUCCACACACAUUUGCUGUUCACUCUUAUACCCGUCCCACAAUAUGUCAGUACUGCAAGCGGUUACUGAAAGGCCUCUUUCGCCAAGGAAUGCAGUGUAAAGAUUGUAAAUUCAACUGCCAUAAACGCUGCGCAUCAAAAGUACCAAGAGAUUGCCUUGGAGAGGUUACUUUUAAUGGAGAACCCUCCAGUCUGGGAACAGAUACAGAUAUACCAAUGGAUAUUGACAGUAGUGAUAUGAACAGUGAUGGUAGUCGUGGCCUGGAUGAUACAGAAGAGCCAUCUCCCCCAGAAGAUAAAAUGUUCUUCCUGGAUCCAUCUGAUCUUGACGUGGAAAGAGAUGAAGAAGUCAUUAAAACAAUCAGUCCAUCAACAAGCAAUAAUAUUCCGCUAAUGAGGGUUGUACAGUCCAUCAAGCACACAAAGAGGAAGAGCAGCACGAUGGUGAAGGAAGGGUGGAUGGUCCAUUACACCAGCAGGGACACCCUGAGAAAGAGGCAUUAUUGGAGACUGGAUAGCAAAUGUCUAACAUUGUUUCAAAAUGAAUCUGGAUCAAAGUAUUAUAAGGAAAUUCCACUUUCAGAAAUUCUCCGCAUAUCUUCACCACAAGAUAUCACAAAUAUUUCACAAGGCAGCAACCCACACUGUUUUGAAAUCAUCACUGACACUAUGGUAUACUUUGUUGGUGAGAACAAUGGAGACAGCUCUCACAAUCCUGUUCUUGGUGCCACUGGAGUUGGACUUGAUGUAGCACAGAGCUGGGAAAAAGCAAUUCGCCAAGCUCUCAUGCCUGUUACCCCUCAAGCGAGUGUUUGCACUUCUCCAGGGCAAGGGAAAGAUCACAAAGAUUUGUCUACCAGUAUCUCUGUAUCUAACUGUCAGAUCCAGGAGAAUGUGGACAUCAGUAUUGUUUACCAGAUCUUUGCAGAUGAGGUGCUCGGUUCAGGCCAGUUUGGUAUCGUUUAUGGAGGAAAACAUAGGAAAACUGGAAGGGAUGUAGCUAUUAAAGUAAUUGAUAAGAUGAGAUUCCCUACAAAACAGGAAAGUCAACUCCGUAAUGAAGUGGCUAUCUUACAGAAUUUGCACCACCCUGGGAUUGUAAACCUGGAAUGUAUGUUUGAAACCCCAGAACGAGUUUUUGUAGUAAUGGAAAAGCUGCAUGGAGAUAUGUUGGAAAUGAUUCUAUCCAGUGAGAAAAGUCGACUUCCUGAACGAAUUACUAAAUUCAUGGUCACACAGAUACUUGUUGCUUUGAGGAAUCUACACUUUAAGAAUAUUGUGCACUGUGAUUUAAAGCCAGAAAAUGUGCUACUUGCAUCAGCAGAGCCAUUUCCUCAGGUGAAGCUGUGUGACUUUGGUUUCGCACGCAUCAUUGGUGAAAAGUCAUUCAGGAGAUCUGUGGUAGGAACUCCAGCAUACUUAGCCCCUGAAGUUCUCAGGAGCAAAGGUUACAACCGUUCUCUAGAUAUGUGGUCAGUGGGAGUUAUAGUCUAUGUGAGCCUUAGUGGCACAUUUCCUUUUAAUGAAGAUGAAGACAUAAAUGACCAAAUCCAAAAUGCUGCAUUUAUGUACCCACCAAAUCCAUGGAGAGAAAUUUCUGGUGAAGCAAUAGAUUUGAUAAACAAUCUACUUCAAGUGAAGAUGAGAAAACGUUACAGUGUGGACAAGUCUCUUAGUCAUCCCUGGCUACAGGACUAUCAGACUUGGCUUGACCUUAGAGAAUUUGAAACACGCAUUGGCGAACGUUACAUCACACACGAAAGUGACGAUGCCCGGUGGGAAAUACAUGCAUACACACACAACCUUGUAUAUCCAAAGCACUUCAUUAUGGCUCCCAAUCCAGAUGAUAUGGAGGAAGAUCCUUAAUGAUCAGUGAACUAACUUCCAUAAGGAAGGACUUCAUUUUAUGGACUGAUGUUUUGUUGUACAACUGUUGUUCUUUAUAGGUUUUCAUCUGCAAGGUUGCAAAGACAUGAGGAAAUAUGAUAAGGAAUCAGUGACACCAAUACUGUAGUUCAUAGUGAGUUGGUACAAGAGGGGAAAUUGAGUAAUAAGAACACAUGGAACCAGGAUGAAGCUUUUCAUAAAUUUUUAUAACAUAAGCAAUAGUUGGUUUCUGUAUUGUUUCCUAAUCUUUCACUUUAGUACAGUAGUGGCACUUAAUUUAUCUUCUUUCCUAUUACAUUACUUUUUUUAAAAAAGGAGGAAAAGACUUGACCCAAUCAUACAGGAGUUGUAAGGUUGGUUACUAAACAGGUUUGCAUUUAAGAGAUAACUGAGAGGCUAUAAGCAUGCAAUUUCCUAUGAGGUCUUUUUUGUUUAACCAUAGAGGCAUUGAAGGGUUUUCCUAGAUCUCUAGAAAAAGAGUGCUGAACUGUUUUACCUUCAUUUUUUAAAGGCCAGUCAAUGAUCCCAACAUUUUUGGAACUGAAAUUCUAUAUAUGCUCUCUACAAUGUAAAAAUUAAGUUAUCAACUCUUGUGAGUAUAUUGCAAUAGCCUCCAAGGAAUUGGGAUACUGAUGUUACAAAACGAGGAGUAGGACCCUGCUGGUCUAAGUGCUGUGUUAUUUAUACGUAAUCUGCUCAUAGCUCAACUCUGCUACUAAGUACCUUCCCACUGACACCACUGUGAUGCCACAGUUGGAUCCUAACAUUCAGUGGGUAUAGACCUAAAUUUUAAUUACACAUAGAGUUGAAUACUUUGAAGAAAAAUAUAUCCUAAAAGGGCAGCACACAGUCAGCUAAUGCUACAGGAAAGAAUGCAAAGAGUAUCCUUUUUUUCUUCUUUUAGCUUAUUGGAAGGCUUUGCAGGUAUCUGCAGUGAUUUUAAGUCAUUUUAAGCAGUCUGGGGGAAUGGGUGGGAUGUAACAUGAAACAGUUUAUCAGGAUGAGGCUAUAUUAUUAGCAGAGCAAAUGAAAGAAUAAGUUGGGUUUUUUUUUUUUCAGCUCCAGUAGCCAGCUAAAGAAUUUUUUUUUCUACUGAUUUAUAAUAUUUAAGAGUUUAAACUUUUUCAUAGCUUUUAAAGAGUUACUAAUAGUUUUCAUCAAAAAAAGUCUAAGAUCUGCAACCAUCCACUUAUAAAAACUCUAGUGGCUUUUGUUUCUUCAUUCCCCAGUAAUCAUUGUAAACUUUUUUUUUCCUCCAAAAAAGAGCAAAUGAUUUGGAGUCAGAAAGUCUGGUUUUAAGUCUUGGCUCCUGUUCCUUACUAACUGUGUUGGCCUGAACAGUUGACAGUCCUGAGUCUCGAGUUCUUUAAUCUAUAAAAUGAAGAUUGUAAUUCUUGCCUCUCCCUUCCUUAUAGUGUUAUGAAGGUAUGUUUGAACAAAUGCAAUAAACUAAAACCGAUGGAAAGUAUUACCUAAAAUUCCAUGGGCAGUAUUGUUAUCAAAGGAGAAGAAUGUUCUUGAAUACAAAGACGAAUAUUAGACUGAGGGGGCCUUUACAGAUCUCUAAAGCUACUCAUUAUCCAGGACUAAACAUAUCCUUGAGAGAGAGAGUAGAGGCAAACAUGUAGUCCUACAAUGGCCUGAGCUCUUUACAUGUUUAGCUUUUUCUCAUAUCAACCAUGGAGUAAGUGCAUCAUGAACCCCAUCUCACAGAUAAGGAAACUGAGGCAGAGGGGAUUAUGUAACCAGCUGAAGGUCACACCGUAUGUGGAUCUGGAUGCAGGCAGCAUGGCUCUGGAGUCCAUCUUACCCCUCCUAACCAUUUUGUCAGACUGCCUACCCAUAAAUAUUUCCAGAUUUUUCCAUAAUGCCUAUGAUUUCAUUCUCAUACAGGAGUUUUAAAAAUUAAACCAAAUUAAUUUUGUAAAACCUUUUAGAAAUUUAUUUUCCCUGUGAUAGAGGACAACUUUCCUGAACUUCUCCAAAGUAAGUCUUAAUAUCAUUGUGCUAAAAUGGAGUAAUUUUGAGUCAUUAGGCACCCUAUGGUAGUUUUGCUGCAUAUGGUAAAAAUUAACUGGAAUGAUGUUUGCUAUACUUACAUAAUCAAACUUCACAAGCCAUGAAAUUAAUUGCACUCUGUUUUUGUUGUUGAAUACCCAAGAACUUCUCUAAAGAAAUUUGUAAAGGCACUGUCAGGUAAUUUGGAGUUGAGUUACUCCAGGUAACUGUACAACCUGUAUAACCUUUUUUUGUCUUGAAGUUGUAUUUGUAUAAGAAAUAACUGUUAGAAACAUUUGAUAAUGUACAAAGAAGUCUGUAAUGACACUGUUCAGUACAUUUUUAUAUUUUUUUGUUACAUCCCACUUUUUGUAAAUAUCCUCAUAGAAGCUUGAUAAUAAAAUGUAUUUCCAUAUCACUAUAACUUUUCCAUAUGAAAACCUGAGCCCAUCUCCAGUAGAGGUAUCCAAAGAAAAUUUUAUUUGCUGUGUUAUUUUCCCAGACUUUGGUUAAGAGAACUAUUUUGGAAAUAGUAUUUGUAAAUGAAACUAAUGCUAUAUUUAAGAACAAUGAUUUUUUUAACUGCCUAAAAUAAAAAACAACUCAUUAUUACAAUUUUA